CGUGGCUAAUUUGGUAUAUAAGGCCCGGAACAAGAGAGCCAACAACAACAGUAUCAUCCAAACAUUCGCAAGAGAAGAACAGCAACAGCUGAAAACCGAGCAAUCAUGAAAGUCGUGAUUGUACUAGCGUGCUUGACAGCGCUGGCACUUGCAGUUGAAGUGGCCCAACCUGUCGCCGAUUUAGACGUGGCUGAACAACAUUACCACCACGGGGGAUACGGCGGAGGACAUGGCGGAUAUGGCGGAGGAGGUCACCAUGGCGGAUAUGGAGGUGGAUAUGGAGGGGGUCAUCAUGGCGGAGGAGGGCAUCACGGCGGAGGGGGUCACUACGGCGGAGGAGGUCACCACGGAGGCUGGGGACGCAAGCGUCGCUCUGUAGAUGAGAUCCUCGAACCAGUCGCAGUCCAGAUUGCCGAUCAAGAUGUUGCUGAACAAUUUUUGAGUCCAUAUUUUGACCCUGUUGAUCAGGUCGCCAUCUCUGAUGCUGAUCCGGGCGUGGUCGCCAUCUCGUCCGCUGAUCAGGACGUGGCAGAGCAACGCUAUGGAGGAUAUGGUGGAUACGGUGGAUAUGGUCAAGGGGGCUACGGCGGUGGACAUGGUCACGGGGGCUACGGCGGUGGACAUGGUCACGGGGGCUACGGCGGUGGACAUCAUCAUCAUCACGGGGGUCAUCACGGAGGCGGGUACGGAGGCUAUGGUGGAGGCUAUGGGGGUGGACAUCAUCACUAUGGUUAAAUUUUUAUUAAUUCUUACUGUUUGAUGACGUUUGUUGUUCAUCUCUAAACCCAAGACAUUUACCCGAAUCCACUUGUUCGAUACCUGAGCUCUUUAUUAUCGGUCGACGACGACGUGUUGCAUUCCUAAUAUGCGCUCCUUGCAAUGUUCACAAUUGAAAUGGUACCUUGAUUAAAAUACAAUUUGGCGAAACUCUCAAAAA